AAAAUUGGUUGCAACGUAUAUGCCACCUAUUUGUCUCCUAUUCCCCAUUUUUUUAAAGAAUUCAUACCAACACAAACCACUCCAAACAUUUAUUCAGACACAAAAAACUCCACCGCAUCGGCCUUUUCUGCCGUCGACCCACCGCCAUCGACUCCCUCUCGUUGUUCCACUCGCCCCGCCGGCAUUCGAUUAACUCAAAGAAAGACACGAGUGACUGAAGUGAAAAUAGAGUGAAUAACACAACAGUCAAAGGAGAGAGAGAUUCAAUUCCGCAUCUCAUCUCGCGCAAUCCCAAAAUGACUGCUUCACCUUCUCCAAGCUUGUGGUUGGCUCCAAAUCUCAGUAAAAGAUGGGGCGAACUCUUCUUCCUUCUCUACACCCCUUUCUGGCUCUCCCUUUGUCUCGGCAUUGUUGUUCCUUUCAAACUUUACGAGAAAUUCACUGAAUUGGAGUAUUUACUUCUUGGCUUGGUCUCAGCAGUUCCUGCUUUCCUCAUUCCAAUCCUGCUCGUUGGUAAGGCUGAUAGAGGCAUAUCUUGGAGCGACCGAUAUUGGGUCAAGGCCAGUCUCUGGAUAAUAAUUUUUAGUUAUGUUGGGAAUUAUUUCUGGACUCAUUACUUUUUCACAGUUCUGGGGGCAUCUUACACCUUUCCGUCAUGGAAAAUGAAUAAUGUACCGCACACAACAUUCCUGCUCACUCAUGUUUGCUUUCUAUUUUACCAUGUUGCAUCAAACAUGACACUGCGCCGGUUACGACAUUUUCUGGCUGAUACCCCAGAAAAAAUACGGUGGGCUGCUGAAGCUGCAUGGAUUCUCACUCUUGCUUAUUUUAUAGCCUACCUGGAGACAUUGGCUAUUUCCAAUUUUCCUUAUUAUGAGUUUGUGGACCGAGAUUCUAUGUACAAAGUUGGAUCAUUGUUUUAUGCAAUCUACUUUAUUGUGAGCUUCCCAAUGUUUCUACGGAUUGAUGAGAAACCUGGCAAUAAAUGGGACUUGCCAAGAGUGGCUGUUGAUGCUUUGGGCGCUGCAAUGCUGGUCACUAUAAUACUUGAUUUGUGGCGCAUCUUUCUGGGUCCUAUUGUUCCAGUUGCAGGAGCAAAGCAGUGUUCUCCAACAGGAUUACCUUGGUUUUCAGGACACGCCAAUCUCACAUGAGUAUUAUUACAUGUGCAGAACUGAAAAUGGAGAGUAUGGUUUCCCCUACACAUCAAAGCCAUCAGAAAAUGUUGAUUUUUUAUGUGGAGACUCUGCAGAAGAAACAAACUUGGACUAUCCUUGUAUUAAUGCUUGCAGUGCCAAAUUUCCUAUCAGAUAGAUGUUGUGUUUGUAGUCCUUUGAUAUUGUUUCAGGAAAUAGCCAACGCAUUAACAAUAAUGCAACAUGUUAGAUCUCUAUUUUAAUGUCAGUAAAUUAGUCCAACAAGAUUGCAAAAUGGCAGAUUAUUUUUUGGUUUGUUAGUUUUUUCAAAACAUAAAUAUGAGUUGAUUUCAUCCUCCA